GCAAACCAGAACUUUCUCUAAUUAAGACGAGUUCAACGGAUUCGGGCCAGCUUGGUAGAGUCUCUGGGCCGAAGAAACUUUUAUAAUGUUUCUGAAACGCAGCGUUUAAGUAUUGUGAAUGCUUCCUUUGCAGCAGCACUUGAAUUGAAAUUGAAACCCUUUGAACAGAUUCUCAAUUGAACAAAAACCGCGAAAAGCUUCUAAACAAAAACACACAGUCACACACUGAGACAAAUUUGAGAGAGAAUGGAAGUAUCGAGUCUCCCAAUUUCAGCUUCGCAUAGAGCAAAGUUGAUAUCCGCCGGCUACAUUUCUAUCUCCUCCCUCAGCUCUAUCUCGCCCGCCCACCUCGCCCGUGAUUUGGGGAUUUCAGAGAACGAGGCUACUGGGAUUUUGAAGGUGGCAUCCCAAAGGGGUGGACCGGAGAGAACCAUUCCAAGUCACCAUUCUAUUGUUGAUGGUUUGAGGGCACAGACCGCCUGGGACAUGUUGCAUGAGGAGGAAUCAUGCAGAAGAAUUACCACAUCAUGUGCAGAUCUUGAUGACAUCCUAGGUGGAGGAAUAAGUUGCAAAGAAGUUACUGAAAUUGGUGGAGUGCCAGGAAUUGGUAAAACACAACUUGGUAUUCAACUUGCCAUCAAUGUUCAAAUUCCACUUGAAUAUGGUGGCCUUGCAGGGAAAGCAGUUUAUAUUGAUACAGAAGGCAGCUUUAUGGUUGAACGUGUUCAGCAAGUUGCUGAAGCAUGCAUCAAAGACAUGCAAGAAUAUGAUAGCUUUCUACGUAAAGAUUUGCCAGCCCGUCAAGUAAAUCUGCAGGCAAAUGAUUUUCUUGCCAAUAUAUACUACUUUCGCAUUUGCAGUUACACAGAGCAAAUCGCCGUGAUAAAUUACUUGGAGAAGUUCAUUUCAGAGCAUAAAGAUAUCAAGGUUGUUAUUGUUGACAGCAUUACUUUUCACUUCCGUCAAGAUUUUGAUGACAUGGCACUUAGAACUCGAUUACUUGGUGGAAUGGCCUUGAAGUUGAUGAAACUUGCAAAGAAAUUUACUCUAGCGGUUAUUUUGUUGAAUCAAGUAACCACCAAGUAUUCGGGAGGUUCAUUUCAACUGACUCUUGCUCUAGAUUCUGGUCAUCAGGGACAUAUCCUUUUCUGAGUUCCUAAAUCUUGCUGGGCAGGUGAUAGUUGGUCACAUGCUUGUACAAAUCGUAUCAUUUUGUACUGGAAUGGCAAUGGACGCUAUGCCCACAUUGACAAGUCACCUUCUAUUCGAUCAGCAUCUGCUCCAUAUGCUGUAACUGGCCGAGGGAUCCGAAAUUUGGCUUCAAACUGUAAACGAGUCAAACUGAUGUAAGUUUAUACUGAUUCCCUAGAAAUCAAUGCAGGGGUGCUUUGUUUCCUUGUAGCUUUGUAAUUAUAGAACCAAUUUGUUGUCUGAGGCUGAAUGACAAUGAAUCAAAUCGUCUGGUGGUAAAAUCAACGUUUUAGUCAUCUCUCCUUCCAUUAUCCCCAUCACAAGGACUUCAGAACUUUCGAGAACACCUGUUCUUACAACAUAAUUUGUAAUGUACCAUGGAUACAUCUGAAAAUUUAGAAGUCAACUUUUCAGCA